GAUAGAGGGAAAAUGGCGCGUGAGAACUCAUUUUUUAUUUGUAGUUUGUACAGACUAUAUUUUUGUUUAGAAACAAUUUAUUAAGCAUUUAUUUGAGAAAUAUCAAAUAAAUAAUAAUAGAAGCAAGAGUCAAGACAAGCAGUGUAAUCAGAACAGCCUGAACUAGGACUCAAAGUGGACUUAUUCAAUAAAAAUGCUUCAUGUGGAAGCACGGGAUCACUGUAAACCAUUUCCAAACUUUGGGAAGCCCAAAAUAAUUGGAUAUAUUGGGAUAGAGAACCUGAAAUAUGCGCGUCGAAUAAAAGAUGGAAAAGUGAAUUUUGACUUAAACUUACAUCUCGAUAAAGUUAAACGAAAACCACCGGACCUAGAUGUUAAGUUAACAGAGCUGUUAAAGUUUUUAAUUGAACAUGAAGCCAGAUUGAUCUUUCCUUUAGCAAAUACCUUGGAUGAUGCAAAGUUUUUUUGCUAUCGUGGCUUGUUAACUUGUGUAGCGUGUACUCCAUUUGAAAACAGGGAACCAUGGAAAAUUGUUGCUAUAUUGUACAAGGGCAACAUAUACUUAUGUGCAAGGGAUACAGAAGCAAAGAGGCAACAGAAACUUUGUAUGUCAGAGAAAGAUAAACAAUUUACCUCAUGGGGAUAUAAAUUUGAACAGUAUAUGCUAUCUGACAGACCAGACCUAGAACCUAAUCCAAAUGUACCAGUUGACGAAACUGAAGAGUUUUCACUAGUUUUUACAACACAUUUGAAUCAUCACAAGAUUGUAUAUGGAGCAGAGAUGGAUGGUAUAAGGUGUGAUAAGAGGCCAGUGUCACCUUUACCUGAUACUGAAUCACAUCCUGAUAACAUAGUGCAAUAUCUAUCUUCUAAUGAAUUUAUAGAACUUAAAACAAGUAGACAUAUUGAGUUCCCUAGGCAGGAAAUAAAUUUUAGGAGAUUUAAAACCAAGAAGUGGUGGUGUCAGUCUUUUCUUGUUGGAAUAGAUACAUUAGUCUGUGGAUACAGAAAUGAUGUUGGGAUAGUUGAAGAAUUAAAGGUGUAUAAUGUCAAAGAUUUAGCUAAUAUCUCACAGAAAUAUUGGAAACCAAAUGUUUGCUUCAACUUUUUAGACACAUUCCUAACAUUUGUUAAACAGUGUUUAGCAAAAAAAAUUAAACACAAAUUUGGACAAAAGCUAUUGAAUAAUUUACAAGCAGUACCAAUGACAUGUUUACUGUUCGAAUGGACCCCAAACUCAUCUAUACAUGUAUCCGAUAAUUAUAGCCAUGAAGAUGACCCCAUAUUACUGGAAUGGUUCAUAGAAAAUUUUGGAAAAACAUUUACGGAUGUUUCAUGACAUAAUUAUGGGAGAAAAUACAGAAUGGUUUAUGCGCAAAUAUUUUUCAAAUAUUAUGUAAGUGUUUACAC